CUUCGAAGGUGUUUGCAAGUAUGCAGCAAUCUGAAAGUGUUCUAAUGAAGCAGCAGAGAAGACAGCAGACCCUGAGAGAAACCAGAGGCAGAAACGAGGAGGAGCCUGAACUGCCAUUGCGUCGUUUAUAACUCUGAGGAAUCAGAUUUAUUGUCCACUGGUGAAUCACCGCUUGGCUGUGUCUGUUUCUGAGUGUAGACCUAUUAAAGCAAAGAAAGCUAGCUCUACAGAGAGGAGACAUUUUUUUUUUUAUACAGAAAACCUCCCACUGCUGACCAAACAUGUCUCAACUGGGUCAAGAAGAUGAGCCAAUGCAGCGUCCUGAGAUGAGAGAAGAGGACCUUACUGAAGGAAAGAACAAACUAGGGUUGAGUGGGCCUGCGAAGAGCAAGACGUUUGAAGUGAUGGAGGACUGCGAGAAAAUGGGUAAAGCUGCUCCCUCAGUGUUCAGUCGAGGAAAGUCAGGGGCGGAGACAGCUUUGAACACUCGCUCGGCUAAACCAACCAAGAAGUAGAAGCUGACCUUUGGCUGUGUGAGAUAACACCUUUUCCUCAUUAGGGGUGUGUUGUGUUCCAGCUGUUCUCCAGUCCAUGAAGAAAUAUUUGAGUUUUAGUAAUUGAAGAAUACACGGCUGGUAUUUCACUAUUUUAAUACAGAAUUUUUGUAUUGUAUUGAAUGGUCAAUUGUAAAUGUGAUUGUUAAUCUCAAUGAGGUUUUCCUGGUUACAUUAAAAAAAAUAAAAAUCAGACAAUCUUUUUUCAUAGAAAUUUUUAUAAUUUUUACAAGAGAUUCCUUUUUGGAAAACUUGCAAGUUCUGCCAGUUUUACAGCAAUAGUAAAAUAAUUGGGGGAGAAAAAAAAGCAGCAUUUAACUGUCUUGUAUAUUUUUGAAUAUAAAAAAGAAGACCCUACCCAAUUUUCAUAAUCAA